AUGUCACGUCCUUUUUCCCCGGCCACCGGUCGGCGAUUGUGUCGAUCCGGUGUUGCUGUGAGGGCGUCGCGUACAGCCUUGCCGAAAGCGUUGCAGACUCGUGGGGGAACUAUCAUCAGCAGCAGCAGCAGUAGCGUCGUCGCUGAGGACAAUCGCAGAUCGGCGAGGCGGCGGUUUUCCGUGGUAUGGGGGCGGUACCUAAACGCCCUCAACGACCAACCGUUGCUGACCAAGGCUCUCUCUUCGGGGGUUGUGUCGGGGACGGCUAACAUCAUCGAGCAGACGCUGAGCGCCGCGAAAUUCGAUUGGGGAGGUUGGGUGGUGUUCUCCCUGACCGGGAUCGUCUUCAAGGGGAUGUUCCUGCACUACUGGUACAACAUCCUAGAUAGGGCGCUUGCUUGUUGCACUCGCUGGCCCUCGCUCCCGCUGUUACUGCGUGGCGUCAAGAGUCAUGGCCAAGUUGAAGGAAACGCGAAGGGGGUGACGUCCAGAGUUCCGGGGAAAUGGGGGCGCGUGUCCUUCCAGGGGAUGGUGGACACGAUCAUCGGGGCGACACUCCUGAACUGCGGCUACUUCGCGGUGCACGAGAUAUUCUCCGCGAUAACAACGGGGAGACUCUUCCCGCUGCCGGAGCUGGGGUUGCGCAUCGUGAAAAAGAUUGCAAGCAGGUAUUCCGUGAUGAUGGUCGCCAACUGCAGAGUCUGGCCGCCGGUGGUGUUCUUGAACUUCGCUUUCGUGCCCCCUGACCUUAGAGUCCUGGUCUCCAAUUUUGUCGCGGUGUUUUGGGGGUAUUUGUUGUCGAAGUGGUGUAGAUAG